AUGCAGUACUCGAGCUUGGUUUCGUUUCUUCUCUUCAACGCCGUCCACGCAUGGCUCCCUCACGAGCAGGACUUGGCGGCUUUUAACCUGACUGCUCGCUUUGAGCAGCUUGGCAAGCGCUUCGAGCCUUCUCUUGCUCCCGGCAUCAACAAGAUCCGUGGUGUCAACUUCGGUGGCUGGCUCGUCUGCGAACCUUGGCUGCAGCGAAAUGAGUGGGAGAACAACAUGAAGUGCGGUCAAUCCGUCUCUGAAUUUGACUGCAUGCGGGAGCAUUACUCUGGAAGCAAUCGCGAGGCUGGCAACCAGGCCUUUGAGACUCACUGGAAGAACUGGAUCAACACGGCCACCGUCCAGUCCGUCCACGAUGUCGGUCUGAACACCAUCCGUAUCCCCAUCGGUUACUGGUCCUACGUCGACAUUGUCGACAAGGCCAGCGAGCCUUUUGCCGAUGGCAAUCGUAUGCUGCCCUACCUUGACGCCGUUGUCAACAAGGCUGCCGAGCUCGGCCUCUAUGUCAUCAUUGAUCUCCACGGUGCUCCCGGUGGUCAGCAGGAGGACGUCUUCACCGGCCAGAACAACAAGCCUGCUGGCUUCUACAACGACUACAACUUUGGUCGUGCCCAGAAGUGGCUCACCUGGAUGACCAAGCGCAUCCACAGCAACAACGCUUACCGAACCGUCGGUAUGAUCGAGGUCCUCAACGAGCCCGUCUCCCGCCACGACGGAGGCAACCGUUACCCAGCCCCCGGCCAAGACCCCGGCCUGGUCCAGAAGUACUACCCCGGUGCUCUCAAGGCCGUUCGCGAUGCUGAAGCUUCCCUCAACGUCCCCAACAGCAAGAAGCUCCACGUGCAGUUCAUGUCCAAGAAGUGGGACUCUGGUGACGCCCGCACCCAGGCCAGCAUCGCCAACGACCCCUUCACCGGCUUCGACGACCACAACUACAUCGGCUUCGCCCUGAACAACAACGACCGCGGUGACCAGUACAAGCUGAUGCACAGCGCCUGCACCGACUCGCGCGUCAUCAGCGGCCAGGACUUUGCCAUCACGGGCGAGUGGAGCAUGACCUCCAACGUGGACUGGCACAACAAGGACUUUUUCAACAAGUUUUUUACCGCUCAGCAGCAGCUGUACGAGAGUCCCGGUAUGGACGGGUGGGUGUACUGGACCUGGAAGACUGAGCUCAAUGACCCUCGCUGGACUUACUCUCAUGCUACUGCUCUGGACUAUAUCCCCAAGGAUGCUGCUGGACUUGAGAAGAACGUCUACCGCGAUGUCUGCGCUGGAUUCAGGUAA